AUGUCGGGCAGACGACCAAGCCGCACAUCGGAUGAAUUCGCAAUGGAUCUUAUGGCGGCAGUGCCAGCCACAGUGCGCUGUACCGUGAGGGCACCGGCGUGCACCAGUGCCUUGGUUAGGAUGGGAGAUGUUGGACGUGGACCAUUUUUUCGUCAAGGGUUGGAGGUGACCAAAAAGGCUCUCCUCAAUAGCUUCCGGAGGAGAGGGAACGUCUAUUCCAAGGGGCUGGGAGGAUGUUCGAAGCAACAGAAGGAUGUGAGGCGACACUCCGACCAGAAACCUGUCGUGGCAACUUGGCUUGGCACCCAGGGCACCAACCACUCCAAGCAGCGUCGCAGUUCGGCUCCGGACAUUUUCAAAGGAUCAUCCCCAGCGCAUGGGGCGAAUGGCAACUUGAGCCACUUGAGCCGUCCCCGGUCGGCCACAGGCUUAAGGCGUCCUUCCUUGUCUGAAGCCCUGGAUCAAGCGCAAGACUUCAUUCAUGGCCAACUGCAACAAGGGCGUUGGCGGCCCCGAACUCCUUCCAAGCCGCCGCAAUGCGGAGUGAAGGUUGAGCCCAAGCAUCUCAAGGACCGCUUUGCCGAGUUAGAGGUGACGCGAGAACCGGUGCCGACAGCGGAAGACCGUGGACUUCCGAGGAGCCCAAAGAAUUCUGCCUGGGAAGCGCUUCCACCGACUCCAGCCGUGGAGGUGAUGACACCGGAUGCGGCGCAGGUGGAGCAUGCGCCAGCGAGGGAAGGGAGCCGUUUGUCGGAAGGGGUGACUCUGGAUGACCAGCAUCACAAGGAUUUCGCCACUGUAUGGAGCUCUGUGUGGUUCCGCACGCAGGUGAAACACCCGCAGCUGGGAAGGGAACUCACGAAGAGUAGCCUUGGAUGGGCGGAAGGAUCUCAGAAAGGGAUCCUUCAGAGGUUGAGCUGCAAGAUGGCUGCGAGAACCACAGGACAGCACAAGGAUCCUGGAAAGGCUUUACAGCUGGUCGUGGCCUCUUCCGGACUCAUGCCUGCAUGGCUGCCCGAGUCAUUGGACGUCGAGGAUGAGGACGAUCUGUCGGACGCAUUGGGGCAGGUGACCGGCACAGUCUUUCGGCAUUGGUGUCACGCCCGGGAGAGUGAGAUUCGGGUAGACGAUCUUCUGCUGAUCUUGGGCGAUUUAGGGAUCGAAGCCCAUCAGGAAUUGCUGGAGAAAGCCUUGGCGGGAAACAUUUAUGCUACCUUGGAUUGGCCCGACUUUGUGUCGUUGCUGAAGGAUUAUCGGCACCUGGAACGACAGUACCACCGGAAACUCUUCGACGAGAUCUGUCGUUCAGAGGGAUCUCUCAGUGUCGAGGAGGUGGAAGUUUUGCUCGACAGAUUGGGACACCCUGCUGCACUGCAGGCCUUUGACAAGUGCCGCAAAGAUCGAACGAGUCAUAUGAACUUUGGAGCCUUCGAAGAGUUCUUAAGGCAACUGCGGCUGACGGAAGGUUUCAGUCAACACGACCUCCGAGAACUCCAUGCGUUCUUCGAAGUCGAGAAGACUUGCGCAGCCAGGCUGCGCAAGGAGCCCAUGUGCCGCUGUAGUUUGGAGAAGGUGCAACAGGUGAUGAUGCUCCGCGGAUUCCCCACCACCGAGGAGGAAGUCCAGCAGAUGGCCGAGAAAAUGGGCUUUUCCAGUGAACACGGCGUCCGCUUCCGGCAGAUGUUGCGGCUCAUCCGGUGUCUCAAGGAUUUGGAACGGACUCAGAUGCUGGAAAUCAUCCAGAAGUACUCCCAAGAACGUCGUAAUGCGAUCCAGGUGGUGGAUUUACCUUUGGCGCUGGGUGGUUUGGGCUACUACCCCGACGAAGACGCCAUCCAGGAACAUCUUCUGGCGAUCGGUGAGAGGGAAUCCGAGGAGUGCUUGACGCCAGAGGAGCUGGCGAGAUUCCUGCAGAAGUACCGGCAAGUGUCGGGCUUUACGCGUGAGCAAUAUCACAAUUUGGCUCAGUCAUUCAGCAAAGCAGACAAGACAAAGCGCGGUCAGUUGAAUGCCUUGGAAUUGACAGAGGUCUUACGACGCGCAGGUUUUCACGUCUCCAUGCAGGAUGUGAUUCAGGCCCUGUACCACUUUGACUUGGAGGGAAUCGGCCUCCUGUCUUUGCCGGAAGUUCUCAAGUUACUUCGAGGUUUGUUGGCAAAAGAAGCCGAGACGCGGCGUAAUGCCUUUCUGGCCGCCUGUAGGGGGCCUUCACAGAAACUCCCUGCAAGGGAUUUAGCAGCAACCAUUGCCAGAGUGCGAGGCUACCAGCCUGACAAAACGGUGCUGACUUCGAUGCUCAGCAUCUUGGGCCUACAUUCCAUGGGUCUCAGCUUCACAUCCUUUGAGCACGUGUGCAAGCUGAUGCGUGAAAGCGAUGUGAAGUUCAUGCAGAACCAUUCAGGCUAUACACCUGAGCAAGUGGCGGAAUUGAAAGUGCAUUACCAGUCCUACGAUCCAGAUGACCAUGGGUUCAUUGCGGGCGCCAAGUUGCCACAGCUCUUCUUGGACGCCUUUCCGAUGUAUUCUACCUCGACUCGGCAACAACAAAUCACCAAGAACUACAUGGAGGAAGUGAAUCAAACUUACAACGGGUGGACCUUCGAAGCCUUCUUGGGAUUUGUUCGGAUGGCUGAAGAUGAAGCAUGUCACCAAGAUCUCUUGGAUGAGGAGCAGCUGGUUCAAGACCAUGCCCUCCGUGCAGAGGAAUGCCGGGGGUUCAGAGAGAUCUUCAUCAGCAAGGCGGAUCACAACUGUGCGGUGACGGAUGAAGAUAUUCUGGACAUGUUCGAUUUUGCCACUGCAGAGUUUAACCAGGAGCAACGCAUGAAGUUCUUCCAAGUCUUGAAAGGAGUGGAUAGACAUUACUAUGGCACAGCGCUGCGUUUCCCGGACUUUCUUCGGUUCAUGAAACGGCUCACAGAGAAGCAGACUGAGGAGAAUCUGGGACUGGUGCGUGCCUCUCUUCGCUUGAAACGCCUGGAGGACGAAGCUGACGCUUGGGCCAGAGCUUGUCGAGUUGUAAAGCGUGGUAUGAUUCGUGCGGGCUCAUUGUUCUUCAAGACGGAGCUGGAGGUCCAAAGGAUCAAGAGCCAAAGCUCUCAAGGAUCGGAAAAGGCUGUCCCGGCUGUCCCUUAA